AUAUCAACAUGUGGCCAAAACGCCAUGUCGCUGUUUUUCAGCUAAACAAUUCCUACCAGAAUUCACAAAAAAGAAAGCUUCCUAAUUAAUAAAGGAGAGAAAGGAGGAAAAACAGAGAGGGGGGAAUGAAAAAAGUAAAUGCCUGCCAUUAUCAAAAUGGUAUGUUGGCCUAGCCUUUGUCUGCACAGUCUCCUGAAGCUUACAGUGUCACUACCUAUUUAACCCCGCUUCAGCUCCCACUUGCUUUGGCAGUCUCAGGAACCACCCCUCUCUCUCUCUGCCUCCCCCCAUUCUCACUGAAAAUGAUGAGUGGGAUGAGUUCCAAAAGCUUAACGCUCGUGGUUUUUAUUGCUUUUCUAGUUUGGUCUUCAAACUUUGAAGCUUGCAUUGCAAGGAGGGGGAAACAUUGGAGACACGCUAGGGAGGCAUCGGCUUCUUUAUCUAAGAAGAAAGGCAGUCGUGGCAAUAGCAAGAACUACCAUUCAGGUGGUUCCAACCCAAGGGCGGCUCCGCCACACAAUGCCUCUCCUUCACCUUCAAUUUCUCCUAAACCAAAAGAAGAGAUCACUCCAACUCCACCCAAAAAAGGCUACAAUGGUGGCGAUUCUGCCAUAUUCAACGUUCUAGAUUUUGGUGCUAAAGGCAAUGGAGAGACUGAUGACACUAAGGCAUUUGAAGACGCUUGGGCAGCCGCUUGUAAGGUGGAGGGAUCGACGGUCAUGGUGCCAGCAGAAUAUGUGUUCUUCGUGGGACCCAUUUCCUUCUCUGGCCCAUAUUGCCAACCAGACAUUGUAUUUCAGCUGGAUGGAACAAUUAUCGCUCCGACUGAUCACCAAACUUGGGGGAAAGGUCUGUUACAAUGGAUCCAAUUUACAAAGUUGCUAGGGAUUACCAUCCGGGGUACUGGAGUAAUCGACGGAAGAGGAUCCGUCUGGUGGCAAGAUUCAUCCUUUGAUGAGCCUGUAGAUGAUGAGAUGAAACUAAUAAUCCCCAUAAAAGAUCCCAGAGAAGAAACAAAACCGACGCCGGUGGGAAGCAACCUAGUAGGGAAAAUGCCAAGCAUCAAGCCCACUGCACUUAGGUUUUAUGGAAGCUUCAAUGUUACGGUCACGGGCAUAACAAUUCAAAACAGUCCCCAAUGCCACCUCAAGUUCGACAACUGCGUAGGAGUCCUGGUGCAUGAUAUCAGCGUCUCAUCUCCUGGAGACAGUCUUAAUACUGAUGGAAUUCACUUGCAGAACUCCAAAGACGUUCUAAUCCACAGCACCAGUCUAUCUUGUGGAGAUGAUUGUAUUUCUAUUCAAACUGGAUGCUCAAACGUAUACAUACACAAUGUGAACUGCGGGCCAGGACAUGGAAUCAGCAUUGGAAGUCUAGGAAAGGAUAACACAAAAGCUUGUGUUUCAAACAUAACCGUUCGAGAUGUCAUAAUGCAUGACACGAUGAAUGGUGUUAGAAUCAAAACAUGGCAGGGUGGGUCAGGCUCUGUUCAGAAUGUUCUCUUCUCAAACAUUCAAAUGUCUGAAGUUCAAUUACCAAUUGUGAUUGACCAAUUUUAUUGCGACAAAGCAAAAUGCAGCAACCAGACUUCAGCAGUGGCUCUAUCAGGAAUCAAUUAUGAGAAAAUCAGAGGGACUUACACAGUUAAGCCAGUACACUUCGCCUGUAGUGACAACUUACCAUGUACAGACGUAACGCUGACUACUAUAGAGCUAAAACCCCUGCAAGAGCGCUAUCACCUAUAUGAUCCUUUCUGCUGGCAGACUUUUGGAGAACUGAAAACUCCUACUUUACCGCCAAUUGGAUGCUUACAGAUUGGCAAGCCAUCUAGCAACAGAGUUCAGUAUGAAGAAAAUGAUUCCUGUUGAGCUUAGAAUAUAAGAUUAGAUUCUUGGUGAUGUUUAAGUGUGUGGUCGGCAUUCUCGACCCCUUUUUAUACUUCUAGAUGGUUAGAUAAAGCAUAUAUUUCGGGAAGAACUAGUUCAUAUGAAUCUUUCCAUAUAGGGUUAAAUAUAUUCCGAAUGAAAUAGUAUAUAGGAAUCAAUGUCUAGCUCGAACUUUAUAGUUAGUAAUUAAAAAGCUUGAUGAUGCAAAUUUCCAAUGUGAAAUAUGUUAUAAAGGUGGUUAGGACCAGUCAUGGUCUAUAAUCAAAACAUUGGCCUGGAUCGAA